AUGCCAUCCCCCGCGAUCGACCCGCGGACCAUCCGCUCAUCCGCCUCGACGCCGUCGCUGCGCUCUCGUGAUGGCACAGUCCCCCUGCACGCGAGGAUGGACAACGGUGGAAACGUGCGCGUCGUCGUGCGCGUGCGCGCCUUUCUACCUCGAGAAAUCGAGCGUGGGGCGGAAUGUCUGAUUGACAUGAACCCCAUCAACCAGGCUACAACGCUGCUCGUGCCCAAUGAUCAUGACCCAGCAAACCAACGGACAAAGACGCGCAAGAUCACUGAGGAGAAGACCUUCACUUUUGACAGCUCGUUCUGGAGCCAUGACACCAAGGACCCACACUAUGCCACACAGGGGGAUGUUUACAACAGUCUUGGCGAGGAGUUUCUCGACCACAACUUUGAAGGCUACCACACCUGCAUUUUCGCCUACGGUCAGACCGGCUCAGGAAAGAGUUACACGAUGAUGGGCACACCAGAUCACCCCGGACUCAUCCCUCGGACCUGUCAAGAUCUCUUCGAGCGCAUCGAAGCUGCGCAAAACGAAACUCCCAACAUCACUUAUAACGUGCGUGUCUCGUACUUUGAAGUGUACAAUGAGCACGUCCGCGAUCUUCUCGUUCCUGUUAUUCCAAAUCAAGCACCGUAUUAUCUCAAAAUUCGAGAGUCACCAACAGAAGGCCCCUACGUCAAGGAUCUGACAGAGGUGCCGGUUCGCAGCAUCGACGAGAUUCUGCGAUAUAUGAAGACGGGCGACAAUUCUCGCACGACGGCAUCGACGAAAAUGAAUGAUACGUCUAGCCGCAGUCAUGCUGUUUUCACCAUCAUGUUGAAGCAAAUCCACCACGAUGUCGAGACAGACGAGACUACUGAGCGAAGCAGCCGCAUCAGGCUCGUCGAUCUGGCCGGCAGCGAGCGUGCCAAGGCAACCGAGGCAACUGGACAGCGGCUGCGGGAAGGUAGCAAUAUCAACAAGUCUCUGACCACCCUCGGUCGCGUCAUCGCCGCACUUGCAGACCCCAAGUCCCAGCGCUCCGGCAAGGGUGGUCGAGGGAAGGACGUGGUUGUUCCGUACCGGGACUCGAUCCUCACCUGGCUUCUCAAGGAUUCCUUGGGAGGAAAUUCCAAGACUGCCAUGAUAGCUUGUAUUGCGCCUUCUGACUACGAAGAGACACUGUCCACUCUGCGGUAUGCAGACCAGGCCAAGCGGAUUCGCACGCGCGCAGUGGUCAACCAAGACCAUAUUUCCAGUGCGGAGAGAGAUGCACAGAUUGCUGCUAUGGCGGAGGAGAUCCGCGCCCUGCAACUUUCAGUUUCCGAGAGUCGGUCGAGGGAGAAGAAUGCAAAGGAACAAGAGGAACGCCUAGAAGAGUACCAGGACCGUGUGGGCAGUAUGCAGCGCAUGAUGGAAGAGAGGGGCCAAGUGUACGAGACCAAAAUCCGGUCCCUACAGACCGAGAACGAGGCACUCAGGUUACACUUGAAGCUCGCAUUGGACAGUCUGAAGAAUCCGAUCCCACCCGUCACACUCAACAGCCGACCGGGCACAGCGGACGGGAAAAAUGAGGAAAAGGAUGAGAAUGAGAAUGAGGACGAGAAUGCACCGGAAGAUGAUGAGACGUUCUAUGAGGAUAGCGACGAAGAUGAGGCAUACAAUUCAGACGAUCAUGAGGAACGACACAAUGAGAUGCAGGAGCAUAUGCAUGCGUUGCUGAAGGACUUGGGCUUAUUUAGGCGGAAAAUUGGAGAUGAUAAGGGAAGAUGGGUUGAGGAAGAGGGCGAGGCUAGGAGGCCACUAGGGGAACGAGAUAAUGUUUGA